AAUAAAUCAUAUUCACAACAUCACACCAAAUAAAUCAAUAUUCAUAUCAUGUCAACACCCAUUCUAUUUGCGUCACUAACAUUAACCCUUUUUUUGUUUCAGAUUCAUAAAAACAACGGAACGAGCGAUACGUCAUCCAAAAAACAAGAUGGCCGCUAAGCAGCACGCGUCGAUAAAAACAGGAACGGACAGGGGAAGUUAAGCUUCCGUUUUAAAAUGUGAAUUUUAAAAAUAGAAUACCGGAUCCCUAUGUUAACGGACUAGUGACAAUUCUUGAAAUGUCUAAGUGUAAAUAUAGAGUGGAAGUGAGGGUGAAACCUUUGUUCUUGUUGUUGCGGACCCAAAGUGUGUUUUGUUUUAGUUUUUUUCUAGUGUUUAAUUUUGGUGUGUGUGGUGGUUAUCAUGAACAGAAGUUUGCUAUGGAGCCGCAGGAUCAGACGGCAGUCGUCGGAUCAAGAGUGACACUUCCCUGCAGAGUAGAGAGGAAAUCCGGCCAACUCCAAUGGACGAAGGACGACUUCGGCCUGGGCCUCCACCGCGACUUAAGCGGAUACGACCGGUACAAGAUGAUCGGGAGUGAUGAGGAAGGGGAUUACUCAUUGGACAUAAGAGACGUGACGCUGGACGACGAUGCCAGUUACCAGUGCCAAGUCAGCUCGGGUUCCAAAGGGGAGCCGGCUAUUAGGUCACGGUACGCCCGCCUGACUGUCCUUGUACCGCCCGAACCGCCGAGAAUCCUGCAAGGCAACUUCUACUCUACGACAGAAGACAGAAACAUCAUAUUGGAAUGCGAGUCCGUCGGAGGAAAACCCCCAGCUGAGAUAACCUGGGUGGACAGCAAUGCCGGCGUGUUGACACAAGGCGUAACAUACACUGUGGAACCUUUGUCGGAUGGUCAACGGUUCACGGCUAGAUCAAUAAUAAAGAUGUCCCCAAAGCAGGAACACCAUAACCAAACAUUCACCUGUCAGGCGCAGAACACCGCGGACCGGGCUUACAGAGCCGCUAGCAUUCAAAUUGAGGUAAAAUACGCCCCAAAAGUGCAGAUAAGAAUAAAAUCAGGAGCCAAAAGGAUACCUGAAGGAAGCGACGUAACUGUUGUGUGCCAAGCGGAAGCAAAUCCCACGAAUUUAACCUACAAGUGGUAUAUGGACGAACAUCUAAUCAUAGGAAACUAUACUAAGGAAUUGAAAAUAGAGAACAUAACAAGAAAAUAUAACGAUAUUGUCAUCAAAUGUGAAGUUUUCAACGAAGUUGGCAAGAGCGAAGACUCCAGAACGUUGGAAGUUACAUACGCGCCAACCUUCAGGACUCAUCCUAAAGAUGUGGAAGCCGAAAUCGGGAAGACUGUCUCGUUGACAUGUGACGUUGAAAGUUACCCGGCGCCUGAGAUUCGGUGGCUGCAUCAAGAGGAGGAUCAGAAUAUUCGAGUCGGUAGAACAGCUAACCUGACCCUGACACUGGACACACACACAGCUGGAAGAUACAUAUGUAUAGCCAAUGUACCUGGCUAUCCUGAGAUUGAGACGUCUGGAUCUAUUUUUAUCAAAGGUCCACCAAAAAUCCUUUCUAACUACACCCAGUUCGGAUCCCAAGGAGACAGCGUGAAGAUAGAAUGUGCAGCGUUCGCUGUACCUCGCAUUGAGAGCAUCGUGUGGACCUUCGAUGGGAAAGAGAUAGAUUCUAUACAUGAUCAGGAUUACGCAUUCCUCGAAGACGCGCAGCCAGGCGGUGUCAUAAACUCGACUCUGAUCAUACGAGAAAGCCAAUCCAAACACUUCGGAACAUAUCGUUGUAAUGUGUCCAAUGAGUAUGGAAGCGAUGCGAUAGAUAUAAUAUUGAAGCCUAAUAAAACGUUUCCGCUACUAAUAAUUCUGUUCGGGGUAACGUCGGGAACUAUAAUGGUGGCAGCAUUAAUAAUGCUAGUAAUAUUAUGUCAAAGGAAGCAGAGGAAGAAUAAGCAAACGCAAGUUACAGAAAAACCCGAUGUGACAGUGACAGCGGAAGAACUGUAUAAAGAAAACGACAGAAACUCCAAUAUCAGCGAUCUCAAACUUGAACUUCGACAAGCUAACGGAAGUUGUGAAGUUGACUACCCCAACACAGGCUCAGACAGCACGCUUUGCUCCAACGCCAAGCUUGGCAGUGGCAUACCACUGGCCGGCUCUGUGCCCCUCAACUCUAUAAGUCAGAAUAACUACCAGCCUUAUAGAUAUAGUAAUGACUAUACGGACCCGGCAUAUGCGGAUUGUUACAAGGUAAACAGUUACCAGACCUACGUGCACUACGGCCACGAUUACACCCCCGGGUCUUUGCGAGUACAAUCCCCCACGCUUAGCGCGGACAAAUUAACACCUAACAGAUCUGUCAACGGAAGUCUUCCAAGGAGCGUGGAUACGUCUUCAACAGUCCAAUUUAACCCUGGGAAUGGGUCGCAGAACAACUCGCUGCAACGCAAAAGGCAGGAUAGUAGCAACGCGUUAAACAACCUUGGGUUGCCGACCACUGAAGUGAGUCGGGUACCAAACGGCGGCAUCAUCCAAGGAGUUGACCUCCGCUACGCCGCUACAUACGGCAACCCCCACCUACGAUCAGGGGCUUUAGGCUUCACUGUAAACACGGCGAAGCCUGCAUCAACUCCCGCGCCUCCGCCCUACUCGUCUGUGCGAAGUUCCGUUGUGAUGCCGUCAGGUACUUCGUCACAUUCGAUCACAUCCCCGACAAGUUUAGCGUCCCCACAGUGUGCUACGAGCCCUAUAACGACUUCUACAAUGUCUACGGAUAGCACGCAACCGGCGAUCGGAGUGGCGACGUCAUCAGCAACCCCCCAGUCACCCAGCGCUCAUUAUAUAUUAGCCCCAUCGAAUAGGACUAUUAGCAACGCUGUUACUGUUACUAAGAAAGGUAAUGGCCUCCAAUCUCCGCUAGCGACACAUGUGUAAUAAAA